AUGGUUGUGUAUACUUCCAAUAAAACAUACCCUAGGGCUAGCAUCACACCUCCAAUCCCUCCAUAUGCCAUCCAAGCACUCCAGGAGUUGGAACAACUUUGUAUCCAAGACGAUCUUGAAAGAUUCAAACAGACAUUGAAUAGCAGCUAUAUCUCACAUGGUUUUAAUAUAGCCUACCUAUCAGCAUUGAUGAUUCAAGCAAUCAAGCUGGGAAGAACCUGUUUUGUGAAAGAGCUGCUCCGCCAAAAAAUGCUUCUAUCUCCGUUAUAUAUCCACGAGGCUAUCAAAACAAAAGAAAAUACAAAGGAAAUUUUGGGGAGCUUUUUAGAAAAUGGGUGGGAUAUCAAUCAGCCGAUGAGCCGAAUGGAUCCCCCGAUUCUUAGUAAUGCUCUGAAUGAUCUUGAGAUGACAACAUGGCUCCUUGAUCACGGCGCUGACCCCAACCGCCGAUGUAGCAUUGAUUUUACGCCACUCUCUUGCGCUGUUGAACACGCUUCUUUACCAGUCGUCUGUCUUCUGCUCAAUCGCGGCGGUGAUGUCACAAAAGGGCAGGUCCUACAUCAUGCAGUUGCCCGCAACUCCGAUACAGUAGAGGUCCUGAAGCUCCUCAUUGUUCGGGGCGCUCCGAUCAAUGGUAUCAUGUAUCAAGAUCAUCGGCCUUCCUGGGACAUGUAUUUUUUCAUGGGAGAGACUUCUCUUCACAAAGCAGUGUACCUUCGCAAAACCGAUGUCAUUCGUUAUCUUCUUGAGCAAGGAGCGGACCCUAACAUCAAAGAUGCUGGGGAUCAAACUGUGAUACAGCGUGCCGAUGAAGAGAUUCAGAGGGUGAUCACAGAAUGGUCAUGA